AUGGGAAUAUCGACGUUUCUCCACGACAACUUCGUGCCGCACAUCCCGAAAACCGAGCACGUGGCCAGCUCCGUGGCCGCAGCCGGCGGCAAGGAGUCGGACUCCAAGAGCCAGACCUCCGUGACGUCCAUCGAAUCGGCGUCCACGCGAGAAAGCUCCAACCAUCUCCAGCGGAAACUCCGAGGCAGGCACGUGCAGCUCUUGGGCAUCGGCGCCACGAUCGGCUCCGCGUUGUUCGUGGCCAUCGGCAAGGCGCUCCAGUACGGCCCGCUCAACUUGUUGUUGGGGUUCGUGGUGUGGUCGUUCCCCAUUCUUUUCAUCACCGUGUCCACGGCCGAAAUGGUGACGUACUUGCCCAUCACGUCGCCGUUCGUGCGCAUGGCCGGGCGCUGCUGCGACAGCGCGUUGGAGGUCAUGACCGCGUGGAACUUCUGGUUCUUGUGCUGCGCGCAGAUCCCGUUCGAGGUCAUCACCGUCAACUCCAUUCUCCACUACUGGCGGGACGACUUUUCCGCGGGCAUCCCGUUGGCCGUGCAGGUGGUGUUGUACUUCGUCAUCAACGUGUUUGGCGUGGGCAUCUAUGGCGAGGUCGAGUUCUGGCUCAGCUUGGGCAAGGUGGUGUUGGCCACGGGCUUGAUUCUCUUCACCUUCGUCACCAUGGUGGGCGGCAACCCGCAGCACGAUGCGUUCGGCUUCCGCUACUGGGUGGACCCCGGCGUGAUGUACGUGUACUACAGCGAGGGGGCGUUGGGCCGGUUCCAGGGCUUCUUGCAGUGCCUCAUCCGGGCCACGUUCACGUUUGCCGGGCCCGAGUACAUCUCGUUGGUGGCCAGCGAGACCAUCAACCCGCGCAAGACCUUGCCCUCUGCGUACAAGCAGGUGUUCAUCCGGUUGACCAUUUUCUUUGUGGGCGGGGCCCUUUGCGUGGGCAUCCUCGUGCCGUACAACGACCCGAUCUUGUUGGAGACCUUGGGCACCACGGCCCCGGGCGCCGGCGGCUCGCCGUACGUGAUUGCCAUGCAGAACAUGGGCAUUGCCGUGUUGCCCGACAUCGUCAAUAUCUUGUUGGUGACGGCGGCGUUCUCCGCAGGCAACUCGUACACGUACUGCUCGUCCCGCACCUUGUACGGCUUUGCUCUUGACGGCUACGCGCCCCGGUUCCUCACGGCCACCACGAAAACCGGCAUUCCGAUGUACUGCGUGUUGUGCUCGUUGGCCUGGGCGCUCAUUUCGUUCUUGCAGUUGGGCGAAAGCACGUCCAAGGUGCUCGACUGGAUCAUCAACUUGAUCACCUCGUGCCAGUUGAUCAACUUCACCAUCUUGUGCUUCGUGUACGUGUUCUUCUACCGUGCCAUGAAGGCGCAGGGUAUCGACCGGCAGACGCUUCCGUUUGUCGGCUGGUUCCAGCCCUGGCUCGCCAUUAUCGGCGGGCUGCUGACGUUCAUCAUGAUUUUCGUGGGCACCUACACCAUCUUCCUCCCGGGCAACUGGAGCGUGUCGUCCUUCCUCUUUUCGUACGUGAUGAUUUUCAUCGACGUGGCGUUGUUUGUCGGAUACAAGGUCGUUGCCCGCACCACGUGGAAGAGGCCCGAAGACGUGGACUUGGUCACGGGGCUCAAGGAGGUCGAGGAGCACGAGGAGCUCUACUACGCGCAGCUCGAGGCCAAGCAUAAACUCAACGCCGAGGGCCAAAUCAAGCGCAACCUUUUUGAGAGGUUCUGCGUGGUCAUCUUCGGCAGCGAGAUGCGCUAG